AGAAGGCAUGUUUACCUCUGGGCGGCUCUUCUCUGGAAAGGUAAGUCAUGCGGCCGCCUCUUCAGGCAGUAAGUGGGAGGAGAGUUUCGUUUUAAGAACCAGUCAGUGUCAGUCAGUCAGUCAUUAUUCUGCAGUUCAACUCUCAGCAGAGGAACCUGAACAAGUGAGUACUGCCUCAUGUCUUUCCUACCUCCUGAAAACACCAUGUCCGACGAGGAACUUCAAUGCAUCAUUUGCUACAACGACUACACUCGCAACUUUAGGAUCCCCAGACAGCUCCACUGCAACCACACCUUCUGCGGCCCGUGCCUGCAGAGGAUUGCCAAGCUGGAGGGAAGCAUCUAUUUGGUGCGCUGCCCUGUGUGCCGCUGGAUCUCCUGCAUCCAGGCCUACCUGACUGUCUCAGGGGGUCUGUGGGUCGACAUCGAGAUAUGGGACAAGCUCAAACCCUACAAGAUAGAGGACAAAUGCGAUGAUGAUCUGGAAACCCAAAAGCCCAAAGUCAGCAAGCCAUCUCUGUCUGCUCUGAAGCAGCUGUUCAGACGUCGGCCGCUGCACAGGCAGAGCCACGGAACCGCUGCGAAGGAAAAGAGAACUCGGAAAAGAUGAACAUGAACUUUAGCGUUUCAUCGGAGACUGGAUCUAGAAGGACCGUGUUUGCUUUAUGUCGAGUUUUUGUUUGUUUGUUUGUUUGGAAAUGUGAGCGAAGACACAGUUUUAUUUGUCGAAAGGCAAAAAGGAAAAUGUUUUAGUUUAUUUAAGAAAAAGAGAGAAUAAAUCAAAGGAUGUUCUCGAGCACUAUCUCCACAGAUGAUGCAAAAAUAGUUUAUUUAGCUUUCCUAUAAUAAUAAGUAAUUUACUGAAAAUAAUAAUGAUAUUAAUAAUAACCAUGUAUGCUGUAUGAUUUUGUUUUUUUUAUCAUUGUUGCUGAUUUGUUCCUGGAUAUAUGUUAGUAGCAUCAGGAAUUCUGAGGUUUUUGUUUUUAUAUAUAUUUAUAUAUAUUUGUGCAUCUUUAUGUCAUGUUUACAACAUAGCUGUGAGUUUUUUAAAAAAAUUUUGCGACAUGUACCUACGACUGUGAAUUAAGUGUCUGGAAAAUGACCAACAAUGUGCUAAUAUCAAGUUAUUUAGAGCGUUUGAAUAAAAACAUUUUUCAAAAGA